CAUUUCGGCACCCACCAUCACGCAUGUGCAUGAAGCGAGGUUUGAGCAGCGCUUCAGUAUCUUGAGUCACCUGCUCGCUCAUCCAAUCAACUUUCGGCUCACUCAGUACGACUUUCCUAAACAUGCCCGGCGUCGAAUGGAUAAAGUGCCACUCGUUUCUCAACUUUCAUGGAGCAGAGGAUCCGGAUCUUCUCAACUCAUUCUUUCGAAUUCAACUUCUACUCUCAGGCUGUGCCUGCUUUUUCUGACCUGAAAUUUGUGCUGUGCACACUGCAACUUUACCCAAAAAAAAAAAAAAAGUAAAUCAAUACUCUACUUGAUUCUUCACGAUACCAACAACAUGCGGUCCGCACUCAUCAUCGCUAUAUUCGCUCUCACCGUCCUGACUGCGCCAAUUUCUAAUCUCAAACUCAAUGACGCUCCUGACAUUGCUGUGGAGACACGCCUAGUCCAAGCCCGCUCUGUCGAGAAAGUACCAUUCCUACUCCGCUCUGAAGAGGAUGAGCAAGCUGAGGACGAGGAGACCGAUGCUCGGUCAGAUCGUGGUAAGGAAUCACGAUCUGUCCGAGACAAGUCUACACGUUCCGCCGGGGAGAAAGAAGGCGAAGAAGAUAACAUCGAGACACGCUCAUUUCGUGGCAAGUCAACUCGCUCUGUACGUGGAAAGGCGACGCGCUCCACCGAAGAGGAUAUAGAUGACGAAGAAGAGAAAGAGGACAUCAGGGAAGUUGAAGCACGAUCAGUUCGUGGCAAGGCGUCUCGCUCAGUCCGCGGCAAGGCUACUCGCGAUGCCGAAGCCGAACCUUCCGUCCGUGGCAAGGCUUCUCGCUCAGUCCGCGGCAAGGAGACACGUAACGCUGAACACAGUACCAGGACCAGAUCUGAACGGUCCACCUGGGCAAGCGGCCUCAUCGAGGCCUUGAGGACUCGCGGUUUCAGCAGUGCCACCCUCAUCAAUGAACGACAACCCAACUGAAGGCCAUAAUCAAGCUAUCUUGAGAUCCACCUACUCUACAUCACAAUGACUUAGUUCACUAUUCAUCGAUCUCCAGGGGCGAAAAGUGGAUAGGACAAUUCUCACGUAUCUCUUAAUGCGUUUGUCAUGCUCAAAGAAUAGACAAUUCCCAGAUUGGCGAGUGUGCCACAUAGGCAGAGUAAGCGUGUACCUAGUUCGACUUCGAGUUAAUACAAGUCAUCUCGCUGCGCAUAUUAUGCUCCACAAUAUUAUGUAAUGUAGCUGAAG